AUGGUGGCUCUACGUCUGUUUCGGCCAGCGCUGCUUCUUUUUGCCCUGACCUCAUUCUGGGGAGGGGUGUGGCUUUCCCGAGCAGACAAAGGCGAAGAUCUGUACGAGACCCUGGGAGUAAAAAAGGAUGCCUCAGCUUCGGACAUAAAAAAGGCCUACCGAAAACUCGCACUAAAAGUGCACCCCGACAAAAACCCGGACAAGAAGGAGUGGGCCGAAGCCGAGUUCAAAAAGGUACCUCUUUUAGUGGAUGAGCUUUAUGAAUACGGCGCUACAGGACGCAUAUGUUGAAAGUUAAUUUGGUGUUUCGAGAAAGAAACAAAAAUACACACACUCCACACAGAUAACGGCAGCCUACGAAGUCCUUUCCGAUGAGGAAAAGCGGAAGCAGUACGACAGCGGAGGUCUGAACUUCGACAAUGUGGACUUCGGCAAGGACAACUUCGAUGACAUCAUGAAGGGGUUCGGGUUCGUAUCAAAAUGAAAAAUCCCACCUCGCCAUACUGAAGCGGAGAUUUGUGUAGCAUGAUUUGAGACCACAAAUCGUGUUGUCAUGCUAGAAGGCAAAAGAAGCGGACUCUAGUGCUGGGUGGCGUAGGAGAGCCUUGCGUCUUCAGCAUGACAGGAGGCCAAUGGAAAUGGAAGAUAGCAUGACAAAUUGCCUGCAAAGGAGGGAGCAGCUGCGUAUCUUGACCUUCUAGUAAUACAAGUUGUGUACUCAAAUACAGCAACCGUCUAAACUGAGGGGUCCACUUAUCCCUCUCGGUAUUCGGUCGCAGAGAAGGGUUGCCGGGGUCUCCCUCGCAUCGGUUCUCGAUGUCGGGUGUGAGUUUGUGACUGCGGGGGCAGUGGUUGGCUUAGGUUUGUGGAGUACUUCUGAAAAGAGGCUCCCAUUCCUUCUUCCAGGUAGCGAUCCUAGAUCGCCGCCACGCGGAGCCACCCCCGUAUAUCACCCCCAGGGGGUUGUGGACCUUGCAAAACCGAUGAGUUCGGGCUGCUGACUGUUCCACCUCCUCCGGGAGCGAUCAUGUUACGCCUCACGCCUCACGCCUCAAAUACAGCAACACAAAUUUCGUUUUCUAUAUGGGGAGGGGGGAUUUUUCAUUUUGAUAGUUCGGCGGCGGCCACACGAACGUAAACGAUAUUUUCAAGGACGCGUUCGAUGGCAAGGAUCCGUUCGCUGAAUUCGAGGACGCGUUUGCGGGCAUGGCGGCGGACAUGGAGAAACUGUUCGGCGGCGGAGGAGCGGAAGAGGAAGAACAAAAACCGCACGGCCGCGGUAAUAAACCACGGGGCGGCGGGGAUCCGAUGGAGGAUAUGUUUGCGGGCAUGUUCGGCGGCAUGGGCGGAGGUGGCGGGGAUGACAUUUUCGGAGGGUUCGGCGACAUGUUUGCUGGGCUGGGUGGCGGCGGCGGAGGCAUGGGUGGUGGGUCGUCGUUUUCCUUCUCCACUUCUACUUCCUACUCCUCCGGUGGCGGAAAGACGACUACGCACAGCAAGAAGUCGAAAACCACCUACAAGAACGGCAAGAAAGUCACGAAGACGGUGGAGGCGCGCGACGGUGGACCCGCACAGGCCACGCUCGAGAUGGAAGCAAACGGGAAGAAGGCGAAGCGGAGCGUCCAAGGUAACGCUCCGCAGCUUACAGAUGAGCUGUAAAUGGAACUCCGCUAGUUGUUCCUGGGUCGGUGCAUGCCGUUCGAUUUCAGAUGAUUUUCCUGCAAGACAUGGUUAUGUAGCUGGAUCGCCCUGCUGUUGCAAAUCCGAAAUUUUUCGACUUCAGGCCACGCCGAUCGCUACUGCUUGUCUAACAAGCGAGCACUAGUUUACUUCCCCAAGAACUACCCAGGAACGAAUCAAAUUCUGAAACUGCACUUCAAAACGAAUCCCAGUCAAUCUAGCGGCCUCGCUGCAGAAAAACCCUUUGGUAAUUGAUAAAGUAGAGGACGAGACACGCCCAAUGAGAAAAAAGCGCGCGGUAU